CGUAUGAUAAGAUUACAUCGUUGUGGACACGCAACAACAGCGGCGGUCUUCGAGUGUCGUGAUGUCAACGUUUCUUUUAGCGGGCAAAAAACUUAGAAUUACGUGAGGUCUACCGUUCGAUAUAGGUACUUGGUCGAUUUUCAACCUAUGAUCAUCGUCCCUGCGAGUACUAUGUAAUAACUACUUCGUCGUACUAAACAUUCAUUGGAUCGUUGGCUGAUACUUGUCACACGUCAGAACAGUUAUUCGUACUGGUCAAUUUUGUUGCUCGUAAAAUGGAUCCACUUAUAGACGACACUAUUCCUUUUGGAGAGGAGAACACAUUGAAUUCCGGGAAAUUACCGCACCCAUACGUGACAUUUUUUCACUUAUUCUUCAGAGUGUCUGCUGUAGUAAUCUAUUUUUUUGGGGGAUUAUUUACUGAAAGCUUUAUCACAUUAUUUGUUCUUAUUAUUUUAUUAUUAUCUAUGGAUUUCUGGACUGUAAAAAAUAUAACAGGUCGAAUUAUGGUUGGCCUUAGAUGGUGGAAUUAUGUUGAUGACGAUGGUGUAUCGCAUUGGGUUUAUGAGUCCCGCAAGGGUCCUAUACAGAAUUAUGUGAACCCAAGUGAAUCUAGAAUUUUUUGGGCUGGGUUAUGGUCUGUCACCGCAAUGUGGGUGUUGUUUUUUAUUACAUCAUUCUUCACUAUACAUUUUAAAUGGCUGUUAUUAGUCAGUAUAGCAUUAACUUUGAAUAUAGCUAAUUUGCAUGGUUAUAUUAAAUGUAAAAGUGGAAAUCAAGAAAAUGCUGGCAUUUCUUCAAUGGCAAGCAGUUUUUUCUUUCAAAAUAUUGGAAAAAUGAGAGAAACCAUGUCAAGUUUAAAUAGUCCUAGUAAUCCACAAAAUUUGAAACCAACUGGUAUUGUUUAAUAAUGGAAAAAAAAUUGUGUUUUUAAUACUUUAUGGCUUAUAAUAUUAAAUGUACCUAUUUACAGUA